AUGGCCUACGUGAGACACUUUCGGACAUUAGUUUCGGGAUUUUACUUCUGGGAAGCAGCACUGCUACUCAGCUUGGUUGCAACAAAGGAAACAGAUAGUGCAAGGUCUCGAAGUGCCCCAAUGUCACCUUCUGACUUUCUGGAUAAAUUAAUGGGACGGACAUCGGGGUAUGAUGCAAGAAUCAGACCCAAUUUUAAAGGCUCUCCAGUUAAUGUCACGUGCAACAUAUUCAUAAACAGCUUUGGUUCGAUCGCUGAGACAACCAUGGAUUACAGAGUGAAUAUCUUUCUUCGUCAGAAAUGGAACGAUCCUCGACUUGCAUAUAGUGAAUAUCCUGAUGACUCCUUAGACCUAGACCCUUCCAUGUUGGACUCCAUUUGGAAACCUGAUUUGUUCUUUGCCAAUGAAAAGGGAGCCAACUUUCAUGAAGUUACUACAGACAACAAAUUGUUAAGAAUUUUCAAGAAUGGGAAUGUUCUUUAUUCAAUAAGAUUGACAUUAACACUCUCCUGUCCAAUGGAUCUCAAGAAUUUUCCAAUGGAUGUACAGACCUGUACUAUGCAACUGGAAAGCUUUGGGUACACAAUGAAUGAUCUCAUUUUUGAAUGGCAAGAUGAGGCACCUGUACAAGUGGCAGAAGGGCUCACUUUGCCCCAGUUUCUGUUGAAAGAAGAGAAAGAUUUACGAUACUGCACUAAACAUUACAACACAGGAAAGUUUACAUGUAUAGAAGUGCGAUUCCAUCUUGAACGACAAAUGGGCUACUAUCUGAUCCAGAUGUACAUUCCCAGUCUCCUGAUUGUCAUUCUCUCCUGGGUUUCAUUCUGGAUCAAUAUGGAUGCUGCUCCAGCCAGGGUAGCCUUGGGAAUAACCACCGUGCUGACUAUGACUACACAGAGUUCAGGAUCACGAGCUUCCUUACCAAAGGUUUCAUAUGUCAAAGCUAUUGACAUUUGGAUGGCAGUGUGUCUUCUUUUCGUGUUUUCAGCACUACUGGAAUAUGCAGCUGUCAAUUUUGUAUCGAGACAACAUAAAGAACUUCUGAGAUUUCGACGAAAGAGAAAGAAUAGGACAGAAGCUUUUGCAUUGGAGAAGUUUUACCGUUUCUCAGACACGGAUGAUGAGGUAAGGGAAAGCCGAUUCAGUUUCACAGCCUAUGGAAUGGGACCGUGUCUGCAAACAAAAGAUGGUGUGACUCCAAAGGGCCCAAACCAUCCUGUCCAGGUAAUGCCAAAGAGCCUGGAUGAAAUGAGGAAGGUCUUCAUUGACCGGGCCAAGAAGAUUGACACCAUCUCCCGAGCCUGCUUCCCAUUAGCCUUUUUGAUUUUUAAUAUUUUCUACUGGGUUAUCUAUAAAAUUCUUAGGCAUGAGGAUAUUCAUCAGCAACAAGAUUAAGUCUCUGGGGGUGUGCAAGUGUGCAAACUGUCAACUCAGAAGGAAGGUUUUUUGCCAUAGGGCUGUGUGUGUGUGUGUGUGUGUGUGUGUGGUGUACAAAUGAUGACCAUUUGUCAUAUGUGGCAUAUGGAAAGGUAUUAUUAUGAUUUGCUAUGCAAAGUCAUGAGGCAGUUGAGUACUUUAAUGGAUACAAAAUAUAUAUAUUAUAGGGAUUCUAUUUCAUAUUAAUUUAAUAUUAUGUUUUUUCACAGUAAAUCGUACAAGUGGAAGUAUUACUGUCAACGUGUUCGUAUCUAAUAUAUCACAUAAUAUAGUACAUGUGAAAACUACUUUGGAAUUCUUUGAUUUUUAAUUCAAUAUUAAAUAUCACAAAAGUAAAAUUUGAACAGAAAACUUUGGAAGAGGAAAAAGGGGAAACGUUGAAGAUAAAAAAUCAGUAGUUUGAGGCUUUAAAAUAUUUUCUUAUACUGUAGUUACAAAAUAGAAAAAUAAUCAGAUAAGUCAGUGGGAAACUCGCUCAAUAAUGAUAGAAGAUUGUACAUACACAUGCUAUAGAACCAAUUUAGGGAAUAAAAAAUUUAAAUUAGAAGAUUAAAAUUAAAAACUUUGUUGUUUAGAUACUAAAUUUAGUUGUUUAAAAUACUAAAUUUCCCUCUUUGGAAAUUUUUUUAAUGGCCUAAGCGAUCAUAUUAUAUACAAAAUCUACUUUUCAUAACUUUAUAUCUCUAUGAAUGAAUGUAGGUAUACUGAAAACAUUAUUGUUUUUAAAAAGUGUUAUAGCUGUGUAUUUUUAAUUUUUUAAAUAAUUUUAAUUAUUGCCAAACACUGAAAAAUUCAAGCCAGCAUCUUUGUUUUGUUAGAUUUUUAAUAGUUGCUUAAUUGUCUGUAAGUAAUUAUGUUUACUGUUUUGAUAUAAUUGAAUAAAGUUCAGUAAGGCUUUUAUAUUUUAGCUUAGAAUGAGACUUUAAAAUUCAAUGGGAUUAUAGUAUUUACAUUUUGAUAAAAAUGAAUUUAAUGAAAACAAAUAUGGAUUUAGAAAGAUUUUUUCAUAAGAACAGUUUUCACAUCAAAGUUAUAUGGGUUCCAACUCCUAGCUCCAAAUGUAAAGAUGGAAGAUUUUAAUUCUAAAUUAUAUAAAUAAGUCAUUUCUACAAAGUGAGGAUUGAUUAUAUUUCUGAAUUAAUGAUUUCAAUAUAUAAGCCAUCCACUAGAUGUGAAUAAUUCUAAAUAAAAUUUUUACUUAAAAUUUAUCAGCAUCCCCAUGGAAUUAUUUCAACUACAAUGGGGCAUUAACUCAUUUCGUGCAGUGUAAUUAAGUGCAAAUAUAUGAUAGUCUAGGUUAAACUGAACCAGAUUCUGAUUCUUUUCCAGUUUUGCCACUUUUGCAUUAUUUUUGUCAUUAAUGUUGUAUUUUUAAAAAGCUCUAGAAUGCUUUUUAGGAAUGUUUAAUUACUGGUCAGAUUCACUAGAUGGAAACUCGUACCAGAUUAUUGACAGAGAAAAGUUUAACUGUUAAGAAAACGAUUAACUCAGAUUUAAGAGGGAAAAAAAAGCCAGUUCUUGAAAUGGAUGGUACCAGUUACUGCCCUUUAACCACUAUCAAACUAAAAGUAAGAACUGACAUUUAAAGCUAAAAUGUCUCAAUGUUAUUGAACUUUGGUCUGUCUAAUUGUAUUUUUUUAAAUAACUUUAAAAAAUAA